ACAGUGACAUUUAUCAUCGGUUUUACGGGAUGUGUUGGUGCACUCAGGGAAAAUACGUGCCUCCUAGCUACGGUAAGCAUUUGAAUAUUCAAUAAACCAUUUGCGGAUUAUUUUAAUCAUUUUUAAGCACACGGCCGCGUAUCUUUUCGUAUGUAGAUUUUCUAUAUUUCAUGGAAAAAUCUUUCCAACCCCAAGCGCGUUUCAAACGCUUUUAAUCACAGGAUAUUCAAAUGUACGGGGAUAUUAUUGAAAAUGGAGUCUCUCGAAUAAGAGAGAAUUCGUAAAACUACGAUAAUACACGUAUAAAUAUAAAAUUUGAAAUCUAUAAUUUCACUUCUCCUUGGAUUAUCGUACAAUGUUUGUAAUGUUUGCACGAUUAUAUCUUUAAAUUGUAAAUAAAUUUUGGUAAAUUGUAAUGGAAGAUUAAUAGCUACUGUAUAUAUAUAUAUAUAUAUAUAGAAAGUUAUACAUUAGUGUUAAAAAUUUAAGUAAUAUUGUUGUAACCAAUUAGAAUAAUUGUGAAAAAAAUAUGAAAGAAGGAAAGAUAAAAAUAUAAUUUUAUCUUUAAUUAUAGUAUUUACAGGCUACUUGUCUGAUCUCUGUCAUUGUUAUUCUUAUCUUAACAUUGAUUGUUAACGACUUGUAAACACUUGCGAUUUAUAAUAGUCGUUCGCGUUGAAGAGCGAGUAUGAGAGCACUCAGAGUCUAGCAGUUCCACAAACUGGCAAAGUUUUCUUAAAAAGUAAAACGAACACUUGGAUUUGCUCCCUUUGUUACCACCGAAACUACAGAAUCAGCUUUCAAGUUUCCCCAAAUAUAUUGCUGUUUCCUCAUAGAAGUUGAAGUUGAAGCAAACUGACAAUAGAUGGGAGAAACCUUACGUUUCACAGAAAUCGUUUGCACGUGCGUUAUAUAAAAUUAAGAUUAUCACGAAUUAUUAUAUCAGUUCGAUCAGAUCGAUUUUCACUAACAGUAUAUAAUAAGAAGUAUUCAUUCAAAAUAGAAUUUGAGAAAUAAUUCGUAGUAGAGAUGAGGAUUUCAAAAAUAUUGCGUUGAUUUGAUGUGGCGAUUAAAUUCAUCUGCAACUGAUGCCGAUUCUGUAGUUUGUAAUCAGAAUUUGUAAUUACAAACAGUGCUAGAUAUCGAGUAAGUAAACAAUUAACAAUGCUAAACAUUAAUGUUAACUUUUCUGGUAGAAAUCGAUUCAUAAUAUUGUGGUAUAUAACACAAUGUGCAUGAUUACAUGAUACUGAUAUUGUGGUUAUCAGGCAAAUUAUAAUCUCCACAUUUUGUGGAGCAAUAAGCAAACAAAUAAACAUGAACACUCGAUGAUCGAUACUAUCGAAAGGUUAAUGUCUGCAUUAUGUGUAACUAUGUAUUGUUGUAUAAAUGUACAUAAUUGAGGGAAAUAAUCACUGUAGAUAACUAGAAUUAUUUGAUGCGAUUUUUUUUUUAAUAUCAAAAUUAAUUUGAUAUUAAUUUAAAUUAAACAGAUUUUCGUUGGAUUAUUCUGCAGUAACGAAACAGUGGAAAUUUUGCUUUUGUUUGGAAAGUUGUUUGGAAAAUGAUGGAAAAUCUUUCUUUAAACACAUUUUUAAAAAAUUUUUUAUUUUUAUUUUAUUUUUUGAAAGUUCUGUUUCAUAUGUAAAAAGAAAAUAUAUAUGUAUUUCUGAUUGAUGAAAAAAUUGUGGAAUUAAAAUCCAGAUAAUCAGCACAAUUAUUAUUAUAUUAUUAGUUGCACCAUAUAAAAGUUCUGUUAUUCCUAUUUAAAUGUAAAUAUAAUAUAUCAACGUAUAAUAUAACAAUUUAAGUAUAAUAUAACAAUUUAAUUCUUGGUCUUUCAUAGAUUUCCCCCGCUUCUUUUUUUUAAAUUGAAAUUAUUGAUACCUCUUUUCAAAUAAAAUGUGAAAUCUGUUAUACCAUACACAAAAUCCGUUGUAUGACAUUAUAUAAUUUUACACCUCAUUUUAUAUUUAGAAUAACUUUCAGAAUUGCAAUAAUUUUACACACAUUUCUAAUAUUUUAAUCACAUUUAUAAUAUUUAUUCCAGUAUGCGAUAUUUCUGGCGUUAUUAUUGUUAAUGGAGAUGGCAGCCGGUGUUUUAGGCUUUGUCUUUAAGGACUGGGUAAGUUCCAUUACAUUAAUGUUUUUAGAAAAAGUUUUUAGAUGUACGUAAUAUGUAAUAAAAUUCUAUGUAGGUGUUAAUUUAUUGUUGCGAGUUUUUAAUUAAAUAAAUUUUUUUAAAAAUGAUUUCAAUGGUAGUAUUUACUUUGGUAGUUGUUACAAAAGCUUCGUAACACCUCUCUCUGUUAAUAUUAAUAACAUUUGGCGUAGGUUGAUGAAAAAAAAUUCUCCAUAAAUUUAUGACACAAUUUAUUAUAUAAUCGUCUCGUAAGCUUCUGCAGGAAACUUUACCAGUGGGCUCUGUGGAUAAAAAUAAUAAUAAAAAAAAAAAAAUGUCAUAGGUCUGAUAUUUCCAUCUCAUUAAUUUUAACCAAGUUUUUUACGAAAAGUUGAAGAAAAUUCUGUACGUUGUACAUUUCCAUUACGUAAUAAAUAAAAUGUUUGAAUAAAUUGAUUUAAUGUAUAUUAUAAUUUGCGAUAGUUAAAAAAAAAUAUGUAAUUUAUUGCAACGAUGUUUACUUUAUUUUAUUUGUAUGUGAUUUGAAUCGUACAACUAGACUUAUAUUUACAUGAUAAAAGAAAAAUUUUAGAAAGAAUGAAAUAAGAGAUGAUUAUUACAUUUAACACGUAAAGAAUAUUACACACUAUAGAAUAUUAAAAACAUUAGCAAUGUUCAUAGAAAUAUUAAAAUAUAUAUUUACAAAAUAUAUGCUCGUAGAAAUAUUAGAUUAUUAUCAUAUUUUGCUUAGAUAAAAAUUACUAUAAAAAUUUAUAUACAGCUAAAAAUAGCUCGAGUUCAUCUUACGAGGAUUUCAAUUUUUACGGCUCGACACUUUGAACCUUUGAGGUUCAAGUGACAAAAGCUAGAAUUUCCCGUGUCGUAGGCUUAAAAUUUAUUUCAACAAUAAACAUUACCUGCAGAAUUAUUACCUUAUUGUCAAGAAUUAAUUAAUAUGUUGAUUUGACGUGCAGAUAAAGUCACAAGCCACUGGCGGUUUCCAAGCGUUCAUCAUUCACUAUAGGGAAGAUCCUGAUCAGCAGAAUCUCAUCGAUUGGAUUCAAGAGGAUUGGUUGCAGUGUUGCGGCAUCGAGGGUCCUAAAGAUUGGGAUCGCAACAAUUAUUUCAAUUGUUCGUCGAGCGAUAUUGGCUCGAGGGAAGCAUGCGGCGUGCCUUUUAGCUGUUGUAAACGAAAGCCAAAUACUGGGGAGAGGAGUAUAUACGAGAGAGGCUGUCUAAGAGCAGGCGAAGAAUGGCUAGAAUUGAAUCUCGUAUCUGUCGUUGGUACUGUUGUCAGCACAAUGGUUUUACAGAACUUUGAAGUUGCCAAAGUGAUUUAUGAAAAAGGUUGUAUUCAAGCUGGUGAGGAAUGGGUGGAACGAAAUCUUCUUGCAAUUGUCACUGGGGCGGUUGCCACGGCAUUUGCGCAGUGUUAUCUAUCAAUUGAUGCAACUUUUUCUGCCAACUGUGUCUUAAUUCAGCAAUCACUGUCUUAUUUCCAGAUUCUGGGAAUCUGUUUUGCUCAGAAUCUUCGAGUAGACAUAUUCGCACAAAAGGCAAAGUGGCAU